GUUGGAAAAUACACAAAAACUAAGGCAGAAUCUUCAUUUCAAAUACUCUCAGCAGUUUCUGACUCUCUUUCAGAAGUGGGAUACCGACAUGAGGAAAGCCCAGGAACAGGAAGCAGAACUAGCUCAUAUGUUUCAGGAGCAACAAAAGAUUCUGCAACAAGCUAGAAUUGUUCAGAACCAGAGGCUGGAAAAAUUAAGAAACGUAUACAAAGAAUUCUUAAAGAGUUCGCAGGCCUUGGACAAGGACCAUGAACAUCUUCUUACUGAUGAACAAAGUGAAGUCAGAGAAGAAAUCGUCAAGUUUCAAAACAAAAUUAUGAGGGAAGCUCAGCAGUAAGAGCUGGCAAUGGUUCGGAAGUCUCUUCAUUCCCUGUUGUUCUGAUGACUUUGAAGAACGAAAGAACGGGAAGCUACGUUUUAUUAAGUAUGACAUUAGCUGCACUGAACCACACUGUAGUAGUUUAAAGAUUGUAGUUGAAAUUGGUACGUCUUGUUUAUCAUAGCUUGCUUGCUAAGUGCAAGAAUCUUUUCCUGUUAAAACCCCGACCCUAAAAAGCUGUGUGAGGAGUGGCAGUUCCACAAUUAUAUACGUAUUCAGCUUUCAACCCUUUGUUAGUAAUGAAGACUUUUUGUACUUAACACUGUCAAUUAGCUGUUAGCAGUAAGGAUGAUUUAAUUUUAGGCUUUCCCUCAGUGGAUCUGUAUUAUCCCCAAAAGGCUCAAACCACAAGUACAGAAAGAAGGCUCCAUUGUUUUGCCUAAAGGGAAAAAAAAUUAAAGAAUAUAAAAUCUGUCUUA